AUGGCCCCCAAAACCGUCCUCAUAACCGGCUGUAGCGAUAAUGGCAUCGGUAGUGCGCUUGGCAAGACGUUUCAAGAGCGUGGAUACCAUGUAUUUGCCACAGCUCGAGAUACUGCGAAGAUGACAUGGACAAAAGGUCUUGAUAACGUUACCCCAAUCGUGCUGGACAUCAAGAAGCCAGGCGAUAUCAAGAAGGCUGUUGAGACCGUCUCAAAAGCUACAGACGGGAAACUUGACUUCUUAGUCAAUAACGCUGCACGGAACCAUUUCAUGCCAGUUUUGGACGUGGAGGUGGAUGCUGUCCGCGAUCUCUUCGAAUCCAACUAUUUCGGCCCUCUUUCGGUCACUCAGGCAUUCGCGCCACUGCUUAUCAAGGCGAAGGGCCAAGUCUCGUUCAUCACAUCCAUUUCCGGCUACGUGAACACACCGUGGAUGGGCUUAUACGCUUCCUCCAAGCGAGCUAUUGAGGUUGUCGCAGAUACCCUGCGUCUUGAGCUCGCUCCACUAGGCGUGACUGUCCUCGCCGUCGUUACUGGUGGCGUCAAAUCAUCGGGUCAAACGUACUUUGAUGAUCUCAAACUGCCAAACGGCUCGCUCUACAAGGGCAUUGAGGACACGAUCGUCGCCCGGGCAAAAGGCGGUGACGGUAUGCCAAGGAUGGAGACGCUCGAUUACGCCAAAGCUGUUGUUGACGAGAUGGAGAAAGGUAAGUCUGGCAAGUUCUGGUAUGGAGAGUUCGCAGAAAUGGUCAGGCAGGGCACGACAGCCGUCGCUGUACCGCUCGAAGCUAUGGAUGCUCAGAUGACCCAAGGCACCGGACUGGACACCUGGAAGUCGUAGGGUGCGGCUUUAAUUCGGGCAGCUCUCUAAGAUCGAAAGAAUUGGUGUAACAUCGUCGGAUGAACAUUGCGAA